UUUGAACACCAGAGCAGGAUAAGCAGAAAAAUGCCAAGCAAGAACGCUUCGUUGAAUUUGUUGAAAAAAUGUGAAUACGUAGCUCCUGGACAAAUUGGCGUUUGUCGAAAGAGCAUGCUCUCACGAGAGACAUUGCAACGUCCGAAAAUUGGUGAGGCUCUGACACGAGGUAGACCAAAACAACCCAAAGACUUUGUCUACGGACUGAAUCCGCCAUUUAGAUACAAUGAAAUUGUUGAUUGCUUUAACUGGCCUAUCAGAAAAACGGGUGACCAUAUUGAUCCAGACUGUCUCCCCCGAGACUUCCAUCGAAUUAAUGUUGAAUCAACAAAAGAGGGAAUUCAUCCGGUCCCCGAUUGGCUUAGAUUUGCCAAUGAGAAGAACUAUCGACUAAAUCCGACCAAGAGGGUUCUAGGACGUUUGAGAAAACCGAAAUUUCCUGAAGAAAUGACAUUUGGACGCCCGGCUCGACCUCAAACUCCGAUGCAGUGUAUCAUGUCACAUCGGUAUAAGACUAUGUGGGAUGAACAUGCACAGGAAGAAAACAAAAAACGCAUGGCCAAUUUGGCUCGUUCACAGAACGAUAUCCCACAUCCGCUGGAUUCGAUUGGCUCCGUGCUCAAUAUGGUUCCGAUUGGUACCAGGGAAAGUCGCACCCAGAGAGAUCAAUCUCCAUCCAAAUUAUGGCAAAUGAAGCGAUUCCAGAAACAAUCAACCAGAUUAGAUACUCGAUGGUCGAAAGAAGAGGCGAAGCGUUUACUUCGGGGAGUCUGAGCUACUCAGACUGAUCGGAUUCUGCAUUUUGCUAAUCCUGAUCCUGCUGGCGUGGACAGUAGAACUGCACAUCAGUCUACAAGCAGUAAUGAAAUUGAAUUGAGAAAUUUGAUCAAAGUAGAUUACAG